UUCAAAUAGUACAAUAUCAAUCAGAAUGCAGAGAGUAUUUCUUUUGGUUUUGCUCUUUGUAGCGAUUGUUCCAUCAACUAAAUCAUUUGUUUCGAACUUCGAAUGGCAAAACUUUAAGAUUCAAAAUGGAAAGACUUACAAAAACAUUGGAGAAGAAGGACUAAGAAGAAUGUUUUAUGGCACCAAUAAGAUAAAAAUUGAAAAUUUCAACAGGGUAACCCGUGGAACUUUUCGACUUGGUGUUAAUCAAUUCAGUGAUUUGACAUUACUAGAAUAUGCUCUUUUUUUUGCACCAACUGCGGAUAUUCAAUCUAAUGGAGUUCCAUAUACGGCUCCAACUGUUCAUCCACCAUCCUCAUUUUUAUAUACCGCUCAGGGUUUCACGAGCCCGGUACGAAAUCAGGGACUAGUAUGCAAUAGCGGAUGGGCAUAUGCCGUUGCCACAACCUUACAAAUCUAUUAUGCAUCUACUACUGGAAAUCUUAAUUCACAGACUUUAUCGGCUCAAAACAUAAUCGAUUGCGCUGGUGGAUAUACAGCUUGUAGAAGGCAAGUUCCCCAAACUGCAUUUGAUUAUCUCACCAAACAAUCUCAAAAACUCUUUACACUAACUGAAUAUUCUGAUAAUCCGCUCGGUACACAGGGAAUGUGUGCUCCUCCAGCAAAUUCAAACAAUGGAAAGACUUUAAAAUCCUACUCCAACAUUCCAGAUGGUAAUGAUGAACUCCUCAAGUCAGUGUUAAACUAUGUAUCCCCUGUUGUAAUUAAGUUGAAUCCAGCCACAUUCGAAUUCAUGCACUACAAAGAAGGUGUAUUUACCCAGCCUACGCCUAUUUUAAAAGCUGAUCACUAUGUUACAGUUGUGGGUUAUGAAUCUGCCCAAGGAUCUUCGCAAGGAGUUUGGUUUGUUCAAAACUCAUUUGGUACAACUUGGGGCGAAAAUGGAAUGAUGAGAAUUGAAAUGAAUUCGGACAAGCCAAUAUCUAAAUCAGCAGUGUUUCCUUUAAAUUAAACAACACAGACAAUUCUUAACAUAAAUUGGAUACAAAAACAAAACAUGACGCUGAUAUUGCUUUCAAUAAUACCUGCCUCAAAUUUUGAUCGGGCUUUAUAUAAUUUUAAGUUUGAUAUUUAAGUUUUAAGUGAGAUGGUAACGAUAUCAUAUUUUAUUCGACGAAUAUUGAAAAAUAAAAAUAUAAAAGUUCGA